AAGCCAAAGAGUGCUUGUAGCACUCCGAGUUGCUUUGGGGCUGUUCCUAAUCACCGCGUGAGGAAAGGAAAGCCGUGCAUGUGGGUUUGAUUGGAGCGGCGCGAUGCUUGUUUUCUUUUGACCGAUCGCAAUCCAGCCCCGCCGCUCCGGGCUCUUUGUGUGCGUGUGAGCGUGCCUCGAUGGGAGCUCGUCCCGCUCCACUCCCACCCGCCAUCCCCUAAGCUGGGGGCUGUCCGAGGAGGGGACAUCCCCACGUGUCGCUGCGAUGCCGGGGCUGUAGGUCGCUCUGUGGGCAGCACGCACCGCUCUGGGAUGGCUGUGUACGCCCUCACCGGCUUCUCGCUGGUCAGCCUGCUCAGCUUUGGCUAUUUAUCCUGGGACUGGAUGAAGCCUGGCUUGGUGGCCGACGUGGCUACGAGCCCCAUGGAGAAAUCGCUGCCUCCCGCCUUCACCCGCCCGCCGCACAUCAUCUUCAUCCUGACCGACGACCAGGGCUACCACGACGUCGGGUACCACGGCUCUGACAUCCAGACGCCCACCUUGGACAGGUUGGCAGCCGAGGGCGUGAAGCUGGAGAACUACUACAUCCAGCCCAUCUGCACGCCGUCCCGCAGCCAGCUGAUCACCGGCCGGUACCAGAUCCACACAGGGCUGCAGCACUCCAUCAUCCGCCCCCGGCAGCCCAACUGCCUGCCCCUCGACCAGGUCACCCUGCCCCAGAAGCUGCAGGAAGCCGGUUACUCCACGCACAUGGUGGGCAAGUGGCACCUCGGCUUCUACAAGAAGGAGUGCCUGCCCACCCGCAGGGGCUUCGACACCUUCCUGGGCUCCCUGACGGGCAACGUGGACUACUACACCUACGACAACUGCGACGGGCCGGGCGUCUGCGGCUAUGACCUGCACGAAGGGGAGAACGUGGCGUGGGACCAGAGCGGGAAGUACUCCACCUUCCUCUACGCCCAGCGUGUCAGCAAGAUCCUGGCAUCCCACAGCCCCAAGGAGCCCAUCUUCAUCUACGUGGCCUUCCAGGCAGUGCACACUCCGCUGCAGUCACCCAAGGAGUACAUCUACCGCUACCGCUCCAUGGGCAACGUCGCUCGCCGCAAGUACGCGGCCAUGGUGACGUGCAUGGAUGAGGCAGUGAAGAACAUCACCUGGGCCCUCAAGAAGUAUGGUUAUUAUGACAACAGUGUGAUUGUCUUCUCCACGGACAAUGGUGGGCAGACGUUCUCUGGGGGAAGCAACUGGCCGCUACGGGGCCGCAAAGGGACGUACUGGGAAGGGGGUGUGCGUGGCAUCGGUUUUGUCCACAGUCCUUUGAUCAAGCGCAAGCGACGGACCAGCUGGGCACUGGUGCACAUCACAGACUGGUACCCGACCCUGGUGAGUCUGGCCAGGGGCAACCUGAGCAACGUCCCAGGCCUGGAUGGGUACAACGUCUGGCCUGCCAUCAGCGAGGGGAAGGAGUCACCGCGAACUGAAAUCCUGCAUAACAUUGACCCCCUCUACAACCACGCCAAGUACGGCUCCUUGGAGGAUGGCUUCGGUAUCUGGAACACGGCCGUGCAGGCCUCCAUCCGCGUCGGGGAGUGGAAGCUCCUCACCGGGGACCCCGGUUACAGCGACUGGAUCCCCCCGCAGACGCUGACCAACUUCCCGGGCAGCUGGUGGAACCUGGAGCGGCUGACCGACGGCUUGAGAAAAUCUGUGUGGCUUUUCAACAUCACCGCAGACCCCUACGAGCGCUAUGACCUCUCGGAGCAGCGCCCCGACAUCGUCCGAGCUUUGCUGACCCGUCUGGUGCACUACAACCAGACGGCCAUCCCAGUGCGCUACCCUGCUGAGAACCCCCGCGCCCACCCCGACUUCAAUGGAGGUGCCUGGGGGCCUUGGGCCAGCGAGGACGAGGUGGAGGAGUGGGAAGGUGGUGGUGGGGACCCCCCCAAGGGUCGGGGCAAGAAGAAGAAGUGUAAGAUCUGCAAACUGCGCUCUUUCUUCCGCAAGCUGAACACCAGGCUCAUGUCCAACCGCAUCUGAGCGGAGGGUCCCCAGCGCCGACGCAGCCUGGCCAGGGUGGAGAUAGAGAUGGCAGUGCUAUGGGGUGGGAUGGAGGGAGAGGGAUGGAUGGGGGUUCACCCCGAACACUUCUGCACUUGGCCGGACCAGCAACCACAGAGAGGGCAGACAGACCAGCAGGGAUGGGCAGCACAGGUUCAUGGCUGUGCGCAGCCCCUUCAGUGCCAGACACUUCUUCUUGAGGACCAUGCAGACUGUGAGCUCUGGCCGUGGCAGCAGCACAAGGGUGGGGGUGCGGGGCGUCAGGCCAGCCUCAGUCACUCUGGCUGCAUUUUUUCCCUUGGUGUUUCUCUGUAGAUACAUGUUGCUGACUUGCUGCAUGCUGCUGAGAAGCUGCUUGGUUUGCUCUUGAUCUAGGAACUCGAGGGCUUCCCCAAACCCAAGACAAUGGCAUUUCCCCUUUAUACUUCCCUAUAGAAGGAUGGCUUCCUGACUCAGCCUUGCUGUGAUGAGGUCCUCACCUUUGGCCAUGGCUUCUCCUCUUCACUGGCUCGGGGCAGCCAGGAGCAGCCCUGGAGCUGUGCCUGCAAGGACAUGGUUGGAAGCAGUGCCUUGCUGCACGCAGAGGACAAAUGCUUCUGGACAGCCCUAUGCAUGGGAGGCAGCUUUGUCCCAAAGGUCCCCAGUAGUUCAUCCCCAGCUCUGCCUGGUUGGAUCCCACAGCUGCACAGCUGGAGGCACCCCUAAGUUCCUCUCUGUGCAUCCUACAACCAAGCCCAGGACAGAUGAAAGACAUCAGGAAGAUCUCAUAGAUCUGCUCCAUCACCGCAGGACACGGAGCCCCGUGGUCAUGGAGAGGGGCAUCCCUUCACCCUGCCUUCACCAUCCCUUCACCCUCCCCUUUCCUGCAGCUGGGCAGGAUGUGCCACCACAUCCCCUGGCCAUGGACACAGCGCUGUGCCCCCGCGCUCCCCGCGGACGUGCGCUCCGACAGGAGCUGGCGCGGAUGAAAGAGGGUAAAUAGCUUUAAAAGCAUUUUGGAUGCACGGUGCAUUUCCAUUUACACAAUGUGUUUUACAUUUCUCCCCACAGGUUUCUCUUGGUGCAGCGCGUGUAGGCGAAGGCCCUGCUGUGAAUUUUGAAAAUAGUUAUUUUUGUCUCUGGAAA